UGGGGCUACGCUCUGGGCGGCCGGGGCCGCGGCCCGGACGAGUACGAGAAGCGCUACAACGGCGCCUUCCCGCCGCAGCUGCGCGCCCAGAUGCGCGACCUGGCGCGGGGCAUGUUCGUCUUCGGCUACGACAACUACAUGGCGCACGCCUUUCCCCAGGACGAGCUCAAUCCCAUCCACUGCCGCGGCCGGGGGCCCGACCGCGGGGACCCUUCAAAUCUGAACAUCAAUGAUGUACUAGGGAACUAUUCAUUGACUCUUGUUGACGCGUUGGACACACUUGCAGUAAUGGGAAAUUCAUCCGAGUUCCAGAAAGCAGUCAAGUUAGUGAUCAACACAGUUUCAUUUGACAAAGAUUCCACUGUCCAAGUCUUUGAGGCCACGAUAAGGGUCCUGGGAAGCCUCCUUUCUGCCCAUAGAAUAAUAACUGACUCCAAGCAGCCCUUUGGUGACAUGACAAUUAAGGAUUACGAUAAUGAGUUGUUGCACAUGGCCCAUGACCUGGCUGUGCGGCUCCUCCCUGCCUUUGAAAACACCAAGACAGGGAUCCCAUAUCCUCGGGUGAAUCUAAAGACAGGAGUUCCGCCUGACAGCAAUAACGAGACGUGCACGGCAGGAGCUGGUUCCCUCCUGGUGGAAUUUGGGAUUCUGAGCCGACUGCUGGGGGAUUCCACGUUUGAAUGGGUGGCCAGACGAGCAGUUAAAGCCCUUUGGAGCCUCCGGAGCAAUGAUACAGGACUAUUAGGCAAUGUUGUGAACAUUCAGACGGGCCAUUGGGUUGGAAAACAGAGUGGCUUGGGCGCUGGGCUGGACUCCUUCUAUGAAUACCUCUUGAAAUCUUACAUUCUCUUUGGAGAAAAAGAAGACCUAGAAAUGUUUAAUGCUGCAUAUCAGAGUAUUCAGAACUACUUAAGAAGAGGGCGGGAAGCCUGUAAUGAAGGAGAAGGAGACCCCCCACUCUAUGUCAAUGUGAACAUGUUCAGCGGCCAGCUGAUGAACACCUGGAUUGACUCUCUUCAGGCCUUCUUCCCUGGACUGCAGGUUCUGAUAGGAGAUGUAGAAGAUGCCAUCUGCCUCCAUGCCUUUUACUAUGCCAUAUGGAAACGAUAUGGUGCCCUCCCCGAGAGGUAUAACUGGCAGCUACAGGCCCCUGAUGUUCUCUUCUACCCACUGAGACCGGAGUUAGUGGAAUCCACGUAUCUCCUCUAUCAGGCAACCAAGAAUCCCUUCUACCUCCAUGUAGGAAUGGAUAUUCUGCAGAGUCUGGAAAAGUACACAAAAGUCAAAUGUGGGUAUGCCACGCUGCACCACGUCAUUGACAAGUCCACAGAGGACCGGAUGGAGAGCUUCUUUCUUAGUGAGACCUGCAAAUACUUGUAUCUGCUAUUUGAUGAGGAGAAUCCAGUACACAAAUCUGGAACAAGAUACAUGUUUACAACAGAGGGACAUAUAGUAUCUGUGGAUGAACAUCUUCGGGAAUCACCCUGGAAGGAAUUCUUUUCUGAAGAGGGAAGGCAGGACCGAGAGGGAAAGUCUGUGCACAGGCCUAAAUCUCACGAGUUAAAAGUCAUCAACUCCAGCUCCAAU